GGAAAAUGGCCCUCCGCCAAUUCCGCCGUACACUAACCACCGUCACCACCAAGCUCCCAAUUUUAUACAACUCUACCACCACCACCUCCUCCGACGAUGCCGUUACGCUCCAGCUACUCUCAUGGGGGCGAGGAUCUUCAGGCCAACUCGGUAAUGGCAAAGAAGAAUCCCAACUAUAUCCCUCUCCCAUAUCAUCACUCCUUCUCCCUCCUCUUUCUUACUGUCUACCUUCAUCGACCACGUGUGGCAAGAUCAAUGAAGACCAACUGGAAGUUGGCAUUGCCUGUGGAUUAUUCCAUUCUGCUCUGCUAAUUGAUGGGAAAUUAUGGAUUUGGGGAAAAGGCGACGGUGGUCGUCUCGGGUUUGGUCAUGAAAAUACUGUUUUCCGUCCGACUGUGAGUUUUUUGAAAUCAGUUCGGAGUAUUGCUCUCGGUGGGCUUCACUCCAUUGCGCUGGAUUCGAUUGGUCAAGUGUUCUCAUGGGGUUAUGGUGGGUUUGGUGCUCUUGGCCAUUCUGUUUAUACUAGAGAACUCUCUCCAAAAAAAGUAGAAGGCAGUUGGGAGGGACGGAUUACUCAAAUUGCAACUAGUGGCACACAUACUGCUGCUAUCACUGAAGCAGGUCAGCUUUAUACUUGGGGACGAGAUGAAGGGGAAGGCAGACUUGGCCUUGGUCCUAGUCGUGGUCCAAAUGAAGCUGGUGGACUUAGCAUACCUUCCAAAGUAAAAGCAUUACCCGUGCCUGUGGUUUCAGUUGCAUGUGGUGGGUUUUUCACAACAGUGAUUACCAAUGAUGGCCAAUUGUGGAAUUGGGGUGCAAAUUCAAACAAUGAGCUUGGAAGAGGUAAUAGAGUGGGUGGUUGGAAGCCUCAACCUAUUCCUGGUCUGGAUGGUGUUCAUAUUGUUCAAAUAGCAAGUGGUGGAUAUCACUCUCUUGCUUUAACUGAUGAAGGCCGAGUACUUUCUUGGGGCUAUGGUGGACAUGGACAGUUGGGGCACUUUACUACUCAAAAUCAACCUGUUCCAUUGGUUAUCGAGUCUCUAGCUUCUGAGAAAAUUGUCUAUAUUGCUUGUGGAGGUUCUUCAUCCGCUGCUGUAACUGAUAAAGGUCAGUUGUACAUGUGGGGAAAUGCAAAAGAUGGUCAAUUAGGGGUUCCUGGUGUGCCCGAGAUACAACCUUUUCCAAUCGAGGUUAAAUUCCUUAUGGACGAUGAUGGUUUGGGUUCCCACAAGGUUCUUUCGGUGGCCAUCGGCGCCUCACAUGCUCUUUGCUUGGUUUCGAGGUCAAGUGAUUCAAAUCCAGAGCCCUAAGUAUUAUUAUGUUCAUGCAAUUCACUUAAAGCUCGGCCAAUGACGCAAAAUGAUCAACUCAAGAACGUUUACAUUUUGUUAGCUCUUUCUUCUACGCCUUUUCGGAAAUAUAAUAUCUUGGGUGUACUCGUUAUUUGAAACGGAGCUUGUCACUCCUCAGGGCAUGUUAUUUCCGCAUUCGGGUUGUCGAUGCCACUUUUAAACUAUCAUUUUUGCAGUUAGCCCUAUUUUCAGGAGCAACUGGAAAAUGGUCAAGUGCUAGUGGGAGAGGAGUGAUUUUGCUAAUCCCUUUGACAUUUGGUUCUAUGUUUUUUGGAUUAUACAUGGGAGUAAAUGUGACUUUGAAUCAUCAUACUUGUUACAUUGUUGUAAAACAAUCAUCUUAUAUA